CAAAUAGCAUGGCGCCGCUUCCUGCAUAACCUCAGCAGUGUGUAGCUCAGUGUGUAGCUCAGUGUGUAUUUUAGUGUGUAUCUUAGUGUGUAUUUCAGUGUGUAUCUCUGUCAGCUGGAGGUGAUCAGCCUGAUUCAGAUCAUCGGAGCUGCUGGUUUUGGACGUCAUGGUGUUGAAGGUUUUCUUCCCUCAGUGCUGUAACCGUGCCGACAGCGGGCUGCUGGUCGGCCGCUGGAUCGACGGCCAUGACGCGGCCGUGGUUCUGACGGUGAUCCACUACCCGUUCAUCCCGGGUCAGGUCAAGCUCUACGUCCAGCAGAUGCAGGCUCAGAGCAGAGUGGAGCUGUCGGUUUUGGGCUCGUGGAGUUUACCCAAAGAGGGUCAGGAGGGCAUGGAGAGCUUCCUCAGGGACCUCAGCACCAUCUUCCCCCAGGAACGCUGGCUCCAGAUCAGCCGUGAGAUCGGCAAGACGGGCUUCCACUAGGUGCUGCAACGGGAUCAGAAUGGAAGAGCAGUUCAGCAGGAGCCAAAAAAGAAGAAGAAGAAGGAGGAGGAAGAGGACGGUGAAGCAGAGGAGGAGGAGGAGGAAGAGGAGGAUGACGAGGAGAAGGUGAUCUUCGUCCACUACGAGCAGAGGAAGGUGAUGCUGUCGCAGCUCCAUCCCAUCCAGAACGGCGUUCCCGACCCUCAAGCUGAUCCUCCGUCUGAGCUGAGACAGGUGUUCCAGACGGUGGCCCACAGCGACCCUCUCUUCUUCAUGGACAAGUACGACGAUGGCCCGCUGAAGUCGACGCACUGGCAGACGGAGGGUCGCGAGGCCAGCAUAAUCGUGGAGCUGCUCAAACACGCGUCGGUGCCGGUGUGUCUGCUCGUCAGCUGGCUGCUCUCCGUGUGGACGUGGAUCUGCGGCAUGCGGAUCUUCAGUCUUUACCCGCUGCGCUUCCUGUCCACAAAACUGUCGACGUGUGUUCAGCUGAGCUACCGAACCGAACACAUGAGGACGCUCAGCUCUCCGAAAGCAGCCGCGGGACACACGGAGUUCAUGAGGUUGAAAGCAAACAUCCUGGUUUCCUUCCUGGUCGACGUGGCUCUCGGCAUGUUGCUCAUCUGGUGGCUCUACAGAGAAAACCACAUCGCUAUGUUGGCCAACACACUGGUGCCUGCAGCCGACCAUGUGGCCAAAGAGCUGGACGAGCUGCUGCAGUGGCUGAUGGGAGCUCCUGCUGGGCUGAAGAUGAACCGGGCUCUGGACCAAGUCCUGGGUCGCUUCUUCCUCUACCACAUCCACCUGUGGAUCAGUUACAUCCACCUCAUGUCUCCCUUCAUCGAGGGGAUCCUCUGGUACGGAGGUCUGUCCGCCUGCUUCGGCCUGACCUUUGCCCUCUCGCUGCUCUCUGACAUGGUGGCUCUGCUCACCUUCCACAUCUACUGCUUCUACGUCUACGGAGCCAGGCUCUACUGUCUGAAGAUUUACGGGCUCUCGUCUCUCUGGAGGCUCUUCAGAGGGAAGAAGUGGAACGUGCUGCGGCAGAGAGUCGACUCCUGCUCCUACGACCUGGACCAGCUGUUCAUCGGCACUCUGCUGUUCACCAUCCUGCUGUUCCUGCUGCCGACCACGGCGCUCUACUACCUGGUCUUCACUCUGGUGAGGCUGGUGGUUGUGCUGUUUCAGGGCGUCCUCCACCUCAGCGUGGACUUCAUCAACUCCUUCCCUCUGUUCGCCGUCUGCCUCCGCAUCUGUCGGCCCUACAGACUGGCAGAAGGUGUAAAGUUCAGGGUGUUGUCUGAGGAACCGGGGACGGCCCUUCACCUGCUGAUGGAGAUUAACCCCUUAAAGGGCAACACAGUGGUUCAGACGUACCGCACCCCGACGUACAGCUGCUACCCCAAAGACUCGUGGGCGGCGUUGGUCAAGAAACUGUUUGUGGGCGAGCUGAUUUACCCCUGGAGACACAAAACUACCAAGACCGACUGAGAGAGAUAUCAGCCAGAAAAUGAGAGAGAGAGAGAGAGAGAGAGAGAUGAGGGAACAGAGGAAAGGGAAGAGGCUGAAUAAAUAAUGAGAUGGAAACAGACAGAUGGAGGGGAAAGAAGGGGGGGGAGGGGAAAGAAGGGGGGGGGGGGGGGGUGAAACCGGUAUGAAGACCUUUUUUUUGAGUGACGCUGCUUUCAUGUUAGACGGGAAAAGGACGUCAGAGCUGAAGCUGCCAAGUCACCACAGUCGAGGAGAAGAGUGAUAAAUAUGAGCAAAUGUGGCAGAAAACGACCAAAAAAACCAGCAAGUACUCAUGUUGUCCUGCUGCGGUUUAACAGCUGUCAUCAUAAAAAUAGAUUUUCGGUACGUGUCGAGUACAUUUUUACUUUAUUCCACAUUGACUUGACACCUUUAACUUCACAUUAGGUGUUUUUUGAGAAAUUCGACACAAUGAAGCAGCCGAAACACACAAAAAUGAGGGACCAAAACAAUGACUUAAUGUGUGUGUGAUGAGGAUUUAAUCAGAUGAGUUACAUUUCAAAUAUGGAGAUAAGAUGUUAUGCUUUUAAAAUGAUUUAUUAAGGACGACUGACCAGUAAAUAUAUACACACCCAGAAGUCCAUGUACUGUAGUUUAAACUCUCUGAACUCAUAGUGUGAUCAACUAUGAAACUCUUACUGUGAAUGUGAAUAUUCCUGCUGUUCGUGACCUUAUGACAAAGCUAAAUUAGAAAGAUUCAACACAUUUUCAGCAAUGUGAAAAGCUGCAAAGAACGUUAAUAGAAUGGCGUUCCUAGUAUUUUGUCCACUCCUGUUAACAUGCAUUAGUGGAUCAAAUAGUACACCACCACCACUGACUAUGACCUCAAUAAUAAACAUACAGUACAAUUAUCACCUUUCUGACAAUAUCAACAAUAACUGAACAUUUAUAACCUUCGUAAAUGAAGUUAAAGCAGAGCUGUUUGUAUUGGAUAGCAUUAGAUUGCUCAGGUGUUCCCUAUAAAGUGACUGGUGAGUGUACAUGUCAAUAAGAGUCAUAUUUAAAUGCUCUUUAAGUGCGAUUCUGCGGUUCGGUGUAAUUUCGACCUAGCGUCAUAUGCACCAUGACGUCUAUCCAACCACCCCCCCGCUAUUUUUUUUUCAUUUUGUCGCAAAUUAGUGGAGUUAAAGCGAUCAGCCGAAUGGCUCAGUACAGGCGCUAACGGACCCACCAGUGUAUCUUGUAAAUUACUCCACUAAAAAUGCCUGGGUUGUUAUCAAACUUCUACAGUAGUACAAAUAGGGUCUUUACUCAUAAAUCGAUGCAUUGGAAAGUUUGUGAGUACACCAGGAGUUUAUUAAAAUAAACACUUACCUGAUGGCUUUGACUCUGCUGCUACUGCUAAAGCUGUAGACAUCGUCGAAAUCUCGUGCGACCACACGGGAUUUCACGAGAUUUCGACGGUGUUUACAGCUUUAGCCCCGCACAGAUCUCUAGAUGUGCUUUGCGGGGAUCUCAAACUUUCCAAUGCAUCGAUUUAUGAGUAAAGACCCUAUUUGUACUACUGUAGAAGUUUGAUAACAAUCCAGGCAUUAAAGUUUGUAAGUAGUUACACCAGGAGUUUAUUAAAAUAAACACUUACCUGAUGGCUUUUACUCUGCUGCUACUGCUAAAGCUGUAAACAUCGUCGAAAUCUCGUGAGAUCACUGAAAUCCCGUGUGGUCCAACGAGAUUUCGACAAUGUUUACAGCUUUAGCCCCGGAAAGAUCUCUAGAUGUGCUGUGCGGGGAUCUCAAACUUUCCAUACAUCGAUUUAUGAGUAAAGACCCUAUUUUUACUACUGGAGAAGUUUGAUAACAAUCCAGGCAUUAUUAGUGGGGUAAUUUACGAGAUACACUGGUGGGUCCGUUAGCGCCCGUACUAAGCCAUUCGGCUGAUGACUCUAACUCCACCGGUUUGCGACAAAAUGGGAGAAAAAAAAAGCGGAGCGGGUGGUUAGAUAGGCGUCAUGGUGCAUAUGACGCUAGGUCGAAAUUACGCCGAACCAUCGCUUUAAGUGCCAUAAACUAGUAGAACAGCACCAGAAACAGCACAAAAACCAACAGUGAGACACUCAACAGAUAAACCCUUCCUCUUUUUUUUUAGACACUCCAUGAGCUCUCCUCAAAUACUACCUUUUAGGACAAAACCUUUUUUAGUACAUUGUCUUUAAAUAAGCAGAUUCAUGCAGCACCCAGAGGAUAAACCUUGGUGACGUUCUGUAUUUUCUUUUAUUGUCAACCAUUUUUUAUGCAAUGACCAAAACCAGCAAUGAAUUAUCCCUAAUAUCAAGUAGUCUCCCAAACCUGAUAAAUAUAUAUAUCGUAAUAUCUGUAGUUUAUUUUGACUCAAUCACACAUUUACUGAGCCGCGUUACAACAUGAAACUUUGCGUCUGUGAGCUGUUUUUAUGAUGUCGUUACAUAUGCAACCACCACCCAAAAAAAAUACUUACAUUUUAGCUCCAUUAACGCUAAACACUCUGAGAGAAAGGCUAAAUCGCCACUACGUCGUGAACAGUUGAGUCGUGUUAAAGUGAGAUUAUGUGACCUUUUCUGACACUUUGUGGGAUAAUGCUAAACGCUACAACAGUAGGUUAAAAUGAGUCAUCGAAUCUGCAAGUAUUUGGUUUUUUAUUGUCGUUUUCAGUACUUUAUUUUUUAUUUAUUAGACUCCAGUAUUGAAUGUAGAUGUUCCUUCUUAACAAUGGAAACAGUAGAGUGAAAAAAAACAACCCAUUGAAAGCUCUUAAAGCUUCGUGUCGUCCUCCCGGGUCAAAUUGACCCCGUCUGUUUUGACUGUUCCUUCUUUCCUUCCUUCCUCCCUCCCUCCUUCUCUCUUUCUUUCCUCCCCAUUAUCUCCCUUCUUUCCUUCCUUCCUCUUUUCCUUCUUUCCUCCCUCCCUCCUCCCUUCUUUCCUUCUUUCCUUCCCUCCUUCCUUCCUUCCUUCCUCCAUCCCCCUUCCUUCCUUCCUCCCUCCUUUUCUUCCGUCUUCCUCCCUCCAGCCUUUCCUUCCUUCUUCCUCCCUUCCUUCCUCCUUCCUUUCCUUCCUUCUUCCUACCUUCCAUCCUUCCUUUCCUUCCUUCUUCCUCCCUCCUUUCCUUCCUUCUUCCUCCCUUCCUUCUUCCUCCCUCCUUUCCUUCCUUCUUCCUCCCUUCCUUGACUCGAGGACAACAGGAGGGUUAAAAUACUUGAAGAUGAGCAAUGAGUUAUGUUUUUUUAUAAAAGUACUUGGUAUCUUAAAGUUUGGUAAUAUUAUCCACCAUAAGCUAGUGAGGCUGCAGCAGCUAAAUCACUGAGUGUGUUUAAUGCUGCUAAAAAAAUGUACUUAUUGAUUUAACUUUUUAUUUGUAAGAGAACAAAAUGUGUCGUGUCUCCUCUCUACAGUUACAUGUUUUCACUGAGAGAUUACUUAUAUUUUCAUGUUAUGGGUGAACUGCUCCUUUUUCAACGUUAACGUCCAACUAACAGAAAGGGACAGAAUUCCACUUAUAAGUAAAAUCAGGUAUUUAUGCAUUAACUGCACUGACCUUGUAGAUAGUUUUAGAUUUUUAUAUGAUUAAUUAAAAGUUUUAGCGUUCAAAUAUAGUUUAAAUGUUACUAACGGGACAAGCUGAUUCGGGCCCGAGCACUACUGCAAAUGUGAGUAACCUAAUGUUUGUUUUUUUUUAUCAUUAUUCUCCGACACUGUUGCAUUUUUAAGGGGGACGGGAUGCUUGAAAACUCAGGAAAAUUGACACACAUGGAAGAAUUCGAUAUUCACGAUAGUUGAAUUUCGUGCGCUUUUUUUGUGUAUUUUACGCAAACUGUUUCAAACUCCUCCGAGAGGUUUAAUCGGAUUCAUUUGAAAUGUGGUUAGUAUAACGUUAGUCUGAAGGUUACACCAAAUUUUGACGGAAUAGUCGAUCAUUUUAGGCUAAUGUGUGGUACGCAAUAAUCGGGGGAAAAAAGCUCCGAUAUUCACGAUGGUUGAAUUUCGUGCGGUCUUUUUGUGUAUUUCACGCAAACUGUUUAAAACUUCUAGAGGUCUAAUCGGAUUAAUUUGAAAUGUGGUUAGUAUAACGUUAGUCUGAAAGUUACACCAAAUUUUGACGGAAUAGUCGAUCAUUUUAGGCUAAUGUGUGGUACGCCAUAAUGGGAAGAAAACUGCUCCGAUAUUCACGAUGGUUGAAUUUCGUGUGUUUUUUUGUGUAUUUUACGCAAACUGUUUCAAACUCCUCCGAGAGGUUUAAUCGGAUUCAUUUGAAAUGUGGUUAGUAUAACGUUAGUCUGAAGGUUACACCAAAUUUUGACAGAAUAGUCGAUCAUUUUAGGCUAAUGUGUGGUACGCAAUAAUCGGGGGAAAAAAGCUCCGAUAUUCACGAUGGUUGAAUUUCGUGCGGUCUUUUUGUGUAUUUCACGCAAACUGUUUAAAACUUCUAGAGGUCUAAUCGGAUUAAUUUGAAAUGUGGUUAGUAUAACGUUAGUCUGAAAGUUACACCAAAUUUUGACGGAAUAGUCGAUCAUUUUAGGCUAAUGUGUGGUACGCCAUAAUGGGAAGAAAACUGCUCCGAUAUUCACGAUGGUUGAAUUUCGUGUGUUUUUUUGUGUAUUUUACGCAAACUGUUUCAAACUCCUCCUCGGGGAACUUAUCAGAUUAAUUUGAAAUGUGGUCGGACAAAUUUUGACGGAAUAGUCGAUCAUUUUAGGCCAUAAUCGGAAAAAAACUGAUCCGAUAUUCACGAUAGUUACUACGCACUGUACUUACAUCGUUUCACACAUAUUCCACAUCGGCUUUCAUUUGGAAGUUUGCCGUUUUACAUUUUAUGCUCUGAUAUUCACGAUAUUUGAAUUUUUGUGCGUUUUUUUGUGUAUUUUACGCAAAACGUUUCAAACUCCUCCUAGAGGGUUAAUCGGAUUCAUUUGAAAUGUGGUUACUAUCACGUUAGUCUUAUUGUGGUAAGACUUUUUCUAAUUUGUGGUAAAAAACUGCUCCGAUAUUCACGAUUUUUGGUACGCACCAUAUUAACAUUGUUUCACAUCUGCUUUCUUAAGCUCCCCCAAACUGGAAGUCGGACAUUCUGAAUUUUGUGUAUUUUACGCAAACUUUUUCAAAUUCUUCCUUGAGGAAUUUAUCAGAUUAAUUUUAUAUGUGGCUGGUUUAACCUUCAGACUAAUGUGAUGCUAACUUGUGAAGGAAUGGUCGUAGAUCAUGUGACAAUAAGCCAUUUUAGGCACUUUACAGGUCAACUCACAGGUCAACUCACAGAGGAUCCAACAGGUCCAUCUCAAAUUUGGAAAUCUUAAAACCUUCCUGUCACAUAGUGUGUAAUAAUCCUGAAUAUUCGGAGCUGUGUCAACCGACUGCAAAGAAAUUGAAGCAACUUAAGCAUUUUUUCUUUAAUCUUUCUUUAAUAUUUUUUAAUCUUAGUUUUUCGUCUAAAUUAAAUUGUUAGUAUCGUAUUAUUGUAUUAUCCUUUGUUGCCAUAUUUCCUCCACAUAUUGCAAAUCCUUUUUUUCUGACUUUGACAGAUCAGUUACAGAGCAAGAGCAUCAAUCAUGCAACACUAUAUGACAUAAAGUGGGAUAUUUAAAGGAUAUAUGUGCUGAUUUUUCUAUAUUUUUCUUCAUGUUUGGAUCCAAACCAACAACGAACUGAUCUACUAACAAGUAUUGCGUCUGUAACCAAAGUCUGAUAUGUCUUAUUCCUCCGCUGUUGUUCCAAAAUAAGAGUUCGGUCACAUCAGUUUGUUUAGAAACGGAAACAAAGACUAAUAACGGCGCUCGUGUUUUCAGUCUCUGAGAGUAGUUCUGUGUAAAGUUGACUCUACUGAGCAUGUGCAGAAACACGGGUCUGUUUACAGCUUCAUUAGCUUGUUGUGACAACAUCUGGACUGUGGACCACAUUAUAAACGUCUCAAAGAACCAAACCAUGACUAUAAGUAAUCUGUAACUAACUUAAUAUACUAAGAGAAUACUUUACUUGUCAGAACUCAGAUUUACAGCUCAGAGUUUCUUGCUCUCCAGCGAACCACUAGAGCAAUCGCCAACUAUUUUGAUAAUUGAUUAAUCAUUUUGAGUCAUUUUUUGUCUUGUUUCUCCUCCUCAGCUCCUAAGAUUAAUAGCAGACAUCACAUUUUCAGUCCUAGGAGAGUUGUUGUUCUGUGUCACAACAUCUGGUGUUUGUAUUACGCUCUAAAUGUCUCAAAGAACUUCAAGCGGUUGUGACACAGAACAACUCUGCUGAGACUGAAAACGUGAUCUCUGUUAUUAAUUUUAGGAGCUGAGGAGGAGAAAAAAGAAAAAAAAUGACUCAAAACGAUUAAUCAAUUAUCAAAAUAGUUAAUGACUGAAUUAAUAGUUGGUAACUAAUCGUUGCAGCUCUAGUGCUUCACCGGAAAGCAUGGAACUCAUUUUUAUCACGAGUUUCUGAACUGUAAAUCUGAGUUCUGACAAGUAAAGUAUUAUUUUAGUAUAUUAAGUUAUAGUUAUGGAUUACUUAUAGUCAGUGUUUGGUUAUUUGAGACGUUUAUAUAAUGUGGUCCACAGUCCAGAUGUUGUCAUAUGAAGCACAAAAACCUUAGGAAGCUGUAAAUAGACCCGUGUUUCUGCAGCUUUACACAGAACUACUCUCAGAGACUGAAAACACGAUCGCUGUUAUUAGUCUUUGGAGCCAUUUCUUAACAAACUAAGAUGACCAAACUCUUAAUAAUAAAGGAGUUAUUAACAACAAUGGAGAAAUACGAUAUAUCAGACUUUGGAUACACACACAGUCCUUAGUAGAUCAGUUCAUUGUUGAUUUGCCUCCAAACAUUGGCUGACAUUAAGAAAAACAUUUAAAAAAAAUGCCUGCUAUAUCUUUUUAAAUAAGCUUGAUUCUGCUCAAGAUCUGUUUGUCAGCAUUAUUCAUGUGCCAAAUCAUGUCUUUUUUAAAUUAAAAGUCGAAUUGACUUGAAUGCUUUAUAAAGAAUUAAGGUUAAUUUGUUCAAUAUUUUUUGGGAAAUCAGUUAAUUUGCUUUCUUGCCGAGAGUUCGACAAGAAGAUGGAAACCACUCUCAUGUUUGUCUGGAGACGAGAGUCAGCAUGGCUCCACUCAAAGUUUACCUCCAAAGCUCACUAAUUAACAAACUAUAUCUUAUUUUGUUUAAUCCGAAACUCUUUUGGCCUGUUUAGCAUUAAAAUUAAGAUUAGCUUUCUUAUAUUUGUUCUUUUCUAUUGUUGUUGUUGUUGUUGUUGUUGUUUAAUUGAAUCCUCUGAUGAUCUGCUCUAAAUGUUCCGUUGCCAUUUAAUAAAA